AUGAGUUUUUACCAGCCAUCUUUAUCAUUGUAUGAUGUUCUGAAUGCCUUGUCAAGUCAAGGGCAGGCUAGAAAUCCUACAUAUCAACUGGACAGCUUGCAAAGGCGCCAUGCUGAAGCAGAAGCUCAAAGAAGGGCUGAAAGAACUGCUGCCAGACGUUCCCCACUUUUUGGAAGAUUUGAAGGUUCACCAGCGGCUUACUAUGGUAUCCCUAGUGAACAUUACUAUUAUAGGCCAGAUUAUUAUGACUACAGCGACGACGAGCAAGAAUAUGAUGCUGGAGAUGAUGAAGGUAGAGAACAGAAUGCCGGGGCACAACCUCCAUACCUGAGUAUCCCUUCUUACUACCAUAGUAGGCCAUCAAGAGAUUAUGAGGGUACAAGAGUCAAUGAGGAAUCAGACCCCCUACAGGAACUACUAGGCGCUCUUUUGGGGGCUCCACAAACAGAAGUGGGUCCAGAACAGCCUGAUGAGAAGACUGUGAUUGGUGCAGCAUCUGGAGAAGAGAAGGAACCACAAGAAUUGCCAGAAACUGAGAAAAGCAGUACAGCUACUGAAGGCACUAAACCUGAGCCAGAGGCACAGCCAGCAAGCAAGAAGAAGCCAACAUUACAUUCAAGACCAUCUGCUCCAAAUCCACUCAAGGUGUCCAAACCUGAAAGUCGUUUGGAUGUACCAUUCUCCCCAGAGGUUAAUGUUUACGAUACCCCAACGGCUUACAUUGCUGUCGUGGCAUUACCUGGUGCCACCUCAAAGGCUUUUAAAGUUGACUACCACCCAUCAUCUCAUGAGCUGAUCAUCAAGGGUAACAUUGAAGAUAAAUUAAACAUUGGCGAAAAGUAUCUCAAGAUCACAGAACUGAAAUACGGAGCUUUCCAGAGGACCGUCAAGUUCCCUGUUCUGCCUCGUAUUCAAGACGAAGAGAUCAAAGCGACAUAUAGUAACGGUCUUUUACAAGUGAAAGUUCCAAAACUGAAUGACGGGAACGACAAGCCCGCUCCAAAGAAGAGAAUAGUCAUAGAAGAUAUUCCUGAUGAAGAACUUAGAUUUGAAGAAAAUCCUAAUCCAGUUGAAGAAUAA